AUGUCUGCGCCCUCAUUUUCAUCAUUCCCUCCUUCUUUCGGGUCAUUUCCAGAAGACCUCAGUAACGAUCCAGGUCCUAGUCGGUCGCACAACGACAGCAAGCACCGCAAGCAUAGUCACCGCGAGAAAACCUCCAAGAAAGAAACGACACGGGAGAAGGAAAAGAAAAACAGGCAUAGGCAUCGCGAUAGGACAGCUACGGAAGUAGAUGACAUCUCUGCCACCCGUUUUUUCUACUCGGAUAAGCGCGGAGACCCGUUAAAUGUGCAGUACGGAGGUCUGCACAAGGGCGAUGUUCCCAAAUAUAAGACUAUCAGCCGGGGCCUCAAGGUAUUGAGAUCGGAAUGUACAGACAAAAUCUCAUCUUCAGGUUCCGAAGGAUCAGCUGCUGAAGACUCGGACAGCCCAGAGGAGGAUGUCGAUACAGUGGGUCCGACAACUGCAAUAAAGACACUUGAGCAGCAACUCAGUGACGAUCCUUCAUCUGUCGCUACUUGGUUACAGCUUCUGUGGCGGACAUUGUCAAAUGUCCCUAUUCCAUCUAAAAAUUCUGUAAGAGUCCGUGCGGAAAUCACCAUAUCGAUACUUUCUCGUGCAUUUUCGUCGGACGUUCGUAAUACCACAUCAAAGCCUCUUCGGCUCAAAUAUCUCAGAGCGGGUGAAGAGAUCUGGCCUGAAGCCAGAGUGCAAGAUGAAUGGGAGGAUGCGUUCAAGCUUGGCGGAAUCGAAAUUUGGAUGGAGUGGCUAGAGUGGAAAAUCAGAAAGGAGACUAAUGGCAUCGAUUAUGUUGUUGAUGCAGCCAAACAUGUUCUUAAUGCUCUGGGAGAUGAUGAGGUGAGCAGAGUUCGGGUGUUUUGGCGCUCAGCCACAGCUCUCCGUACGGCAGGGUUUGUCGAACGCGCCACAGCCCUGUUUCAAGCACAAGCUGAAUUGACAUUCGAGCUUCCUCAAGCCUUAUAUGGGUUACCAACGAGUAGUAUUUUGGAUGCUUUGGAAGAGUUCUGGGAAUCAGAAGUUUCGCGGUUUGGUGAGCCUGGUGCUAAAGGAUGGGCUCAAUGGGUGUCUUUGGGUAAAAAAGGAGAGACACCGGCACUAGUAUCAAAGCAACCCUCCUCAGAUGACUCUGACCCGUAUCGUCGCUGGGCUCGAACCGAAUUGCACACAGACCGCGCAUCGCAUAUCCCCAGUCGGGCCACUGAAGAUGAUGACUGGGAUCCAUAUUCCACCAUCAUGUUCUCAGAUAUCCGAUCGCUCCUUUUGCAGUUACAAACAGCUCACGGAAAGGACGUAUUUCGGUUAGCCUGGCUAUCUUUUCUCGGCUUUCAUAUUCCCGGUUUCUCGGACUCGCCUCAUGAUGCCAAUUGGGACGAUCGGUGGAAUUGCAUGCAUUUGAUGAAUCCUGGAUAUCUGAACGCCAUUUUUCCCGAUGAAACACACAAUACCGUGACGGCAGAUUCGUAUUCUGGUGUCUUGGUUGGCCGGGAGAUACAAUAUGUUCGUGGUUCAGUGCCUAUCAAAUGCUGGGGCUACGGCGUGUUAAGUUCACUAGACGAUGCACUCUAUGGUGAUGGGCUUUGCUCAAAAAUAGACUUGGAUGGACUCGACCAGGAGUUCACCAGAAGGAUUUUCAGUCAGCUUAGGCUUGGGGCUGAUGAUUAUGAGUGGGAUCUCCUAACUUUAGGGUUUGAAGCCGCCUCGAGCGUGAAGAGUGCACUCAAAAUUUCCCGGUCAUUUCUAUCUACGGCCCGCGAUUCUUUACCACACUGGUCAGCUCAUGCACGUUUGGAGCGAAAGAGAGGCAGAUUCGACGAGGCUCGAAAAGUUUAUACAGCUGUCCUUCUGUCUUCGCCUGUUUCUUUAGACCGACCGUGGUCCGGUAGACUCUGGUGGGACUGGGCGGAGAUGGAAUGGCUUGACCAGAAAUCUGAUGCAGUCAUGUCUGUUAUAUUCAAAGCUGUGGAUAUUGCAGGUCAAGGGGGAGUCGCCAUCCUCCGAGCAAAACGAAACCUGGAAGAUAUAUCCAAUGGCAAGCAUUCGGCUUGGAAGGACAAAGAAGCUUGGGUGAAGUUGCGAGCUCUACUUGAGCUGUUGACUUCGAGGGACCUCGCCCAAAGCCUUUCUGUGUUUGACGAUCACAUGCACCAAGCUGGUGCUGGUGUCGCCGAUGAAAGCAUGACUGUUGCUUCUCUCUUAUUCAUUUUCCGGCAUGGAUGCGUUUUGAAAGGCCCGAUGGCCCCUUCCAUACUGAGAGACCGUGCCGGCAACGCCCUGAGGAAGUACCCCAGUAAUUCCGUAAUAUUUGGUCUGUUCUUGGAGGGUGAGAAAGGACAAGGAAUUUGGGGACGUGUCAGAGAUCUGUUUGGCGAAAACUCUAGAGAUGAAAAGGAUUUAUGCCGGCGAAUCGAGGAAGUAUGGGUGUCGAAGUGGCAAAGUGGAAGAUGGGAAGGCGAAAUUGAACGUACCAGGAGUGGAUUAGCAGCAGCUGUGGAAAGUGAAAGAACAAGGGGAAGCCUGAUAUUGUGGCGCAUUUAUAUCGAGUUUGAGAUUCGAGCUGGACAAUUGCAAAAAGCGAAGCAACUACUUUUUCGCGCUAUUGGUGAAUGCCCGCUGGCCAAAGACCUGUACCUUUUGGCUUUUGACCAUUUGCGAAACGUCUUCAGUUACCACGAGCUUCACGCCUUUGUCAACACAAUGGCGGAGAGGGGUAUCAGAAUGAGGCAUGAGCUCGAUGUGAAGUUGCAGUUAAUCGAACCGGGUGACAAGGAUUCGGACGAUAGUGGAAAUGAAUCCGAGAUCGAGAGAAAUGCGCGAGAGUUGCGAAGAUUGAAGCCAUACUGAAGGAGGGGAGAGUACAAAUUGAUGAUAUAUGACACAGUACGUCGUAUUCGACAGAUGAAUCACAAUUUACUAGGCGUGAUUGAACCAUUCCCCGCAUUGUUAAUCUCUCCCUGUUGAGCUUUGGCGGCAUGCUGUUCUUCAGGGUCACGGUAUGCAACAGGCUUCCAGUUUUUACCGUGAACUACAGUAUGAAAGAGGUCAAACCGAGAACUAAAGUCGGAUUUAGGAACAAUGUUAUUAAAGGGGGACUU